AUGACCUCCCCAAGAAGUACAAUUUACCGCGGGUGUCUUACCGGAAUCCCCUCUAUGGAUGUGGCAGCUGUCGCCUGGCACAUGUCCAGCAGCCGGAUGGCCCCCCGACCGUCGCACGCGGCAGGGGAGUUGCCGCGGGCGUUGAUCGCCAUCGAUCGCACACCGCCCAGGCCGCCACUUGCUUGUCGCCCGGCUUUUGGAGGCCCCGCGCUACAUCAGGACCCUGGACGACUCGCCUCAAUUUCCGUUGGAGACUGUAUGGCAGAUUUUUACUAUGCGGAAGAGCAAACGUUUGCGGCCCCCGGGUCGCGGACGCAGACGGGCACCACCGGACCUACGAACAAGAUUUAUGGCAAGGGUCUAAAGGACGUCGACGACGGCGAUAUCGAGGGAAUGUUGUCAAAGCUGAGCGCCGCCGAAUUGGAGGAUUUGAACAACGAUUUUGAUCCUGAUAAUUCGAUGCUUCCACCCUCUCAAAGAUGCCAAGAACAAACCAGCAAGGUUCCAACUGGCCCCUACAAGCGUGAGCGCCUGAUGCAAUUCCUGGAAGAUACAGCAAAAAAUGAAAAAGAUUGGGAUGAAACUGUCCCUUAUCAAAAGGGUGUUGUUCGAGGAACACAAUUCGUUGAUGAGAAUGCUGGGGCGUCGAAGGGUAUCGGGAUGGAGAUGCCAAUUGAGUUCGAUCUAGCCACACCAGAUGACGACGAAUUGAGCGUCGAGGAUGAGGAGAUUGUCAUCGAGAGAGCGCUCAAAAAGGCCCCGGAAAAUGAUCUGGUCGAUUUGGCGGGGAUUCUUGGCAUGCACUCGGUGCUCAACCAGCCCCAAUUCUACAAUGCCCUCAAAGGGAAAGGACAGGAUGAAAAUUCAGGGACAACAUUCAGCAUCCCUAUUCCCUCAUACCAGCCAAAGGUCUACCCAGAUGAACCUGAAAAUGAAACCAACGUUGACGAAUGCAUUAGUCGCCUACACGAUAACGACAGCUCAUUGAAGACUGUUAACAUCAAUAAUAUGAAACGGGUAUCGAAGGAGAAAAUUCGACAAUUGAUUGACGCUGCUAGCAAUUCAAAACACAUCGAAAGCCUCAGCCUGUCAAACACUGCUAUUGCCGAUACGGAGGCUCGGUGCAUAGAGAAGAUGCUCGAAAACUCGCCGUCACUCAAGGUGCUCAACGUCGAAUCGAAUUUCAUUACCCCGGAAAUGCUGGCUAGGCUUCUGAAAGCAACGCUGAAGACGCAAUCCGUCAUCGAAUUCCACGCCGAGAAUCAGAGACAAGGCGUAUUGGGCAUCCAAAUUGAAAUGGACAUGAUGAUGACGAUCGAAGAGAACGAGAGCCUGCUCCGAGUCGGUGUUGCGUUCCAGUCAAUGGAAGCCAGGCAUCGUGUCUCAGAAGCACUCGAGAGGAAUUAUGAACGAUUGCGCGUCCGACGGCGAGAGAACAACGAUCCCUCAGCAACGUCGAAG